AUGGCUAGACAACUCUGUGAAGAUGAAAAAACAUCAAGUGGUGGAUUUUGUUAUAACCCACAAAUCCAAGGUUUUGUGUCGGAUCCAGAGAUGUUCAAUCUCACAACAGGCAUGGAGAUGAUAGGGUUUUCAAAACAUCUUCAUCAUCAUCAACAACAACAACAUAGUACAGACACAAACAUGUGGAAAACAAAUUUCUCAGAAAAACUAAGUCAACAACAUGUUGGUCUUUCACCUUCCUAUCAUCAUCCUGAACAACAUCAUCAACAUCAUCAUCAACAUCAUCAUCAUCAUCAUCAUCAAGAUUUCACUGUUUCUGAAACAACAAGUAACGAUCAUCAAAACCUAAACAUGCUUCAUCAUCAACAACAUCAUCAACCUCAUCAAGAUUCAUCUUCUUCUUCACAGUGGCAACAACAAGUUGACGAUUCAUCACUAAGAUGUGUUUUCCCUUGUGAAGGUAACGAAAGACCAAGUCAAGGACUUUCACUCUCUCUUAGUUCAACAAACCCUUCAUCUCUAGUUUUACAAUCUUUUGAAUUAAGAAACACUCACCAAAUCCAAGAUCAAGGCUAUCAAGGCCAUUUCCUUCUCAAAAACUCAAAGUUCUUACUACCAGCUCAACAACUUCUCAACGAGCUUUGUAGCUUAGAAACCACAAAACAAAAUGAUCUCGUUUCACAAAAACAAAAAUCUCAAAAAUUCAACAACAAACAAAAUUUUGAAGAACAAGAUGUUCACAAUGGUGCCACCACUUCCUCCAUCAAACAUUCCUUAACCUCCGUCGAGUUCGUCGAACUCCAGAAGAGAAAAACUAAGCUACUUUCCAUGCUCGAAGAGGUGGAUAGAAGGUACAAGAACUAUUGUAACCAAAUGAAGAGUGUGGUAUCAUCAUUUGAAGGAGUAGCUGGAAAUGGAGCUGCAAAAGUUUACUCAGCAUUAGCAUUAAAAGCCAUGUCAAGACAUUUUAGGUGUUUAAAAGAUGGAAUAAUGGAACAAAUUGAAAGAACAAGAAAAGCAAUGGGAGAAAAAGACCCUAUUGCACCUGGAACAACAAAGGGUGAAACACCUAGGCUCAAAAUUCUCGACAGAGUUCUAAGACAACAAAGAGCAUUCCAACAAAUUAACAUCAUGGAAACACAUCCUUGGCGACCUCAGCGCGGUCUCCCCGAACGAUCUGUCUCGGUUCUUCGAGCCUGGCUCUUCGAACACUUUCUUCACCCGUAUCCAAGUGACGUUGAUAAACAUAUUUUGGCCCGCCAAACCGGUCUCUCAAGAAGCCAGGUAUCAAAUUGGUUUAUUAAUGCAAGAGUGAGACUAUGGAAGCCAAUGGUGGAAGAAAUGUAUUUAGAAGAAGAGAAAGAGCAACAAAGAAACACGACAACCUCGGAGGGAGGAAACAACAUUAAUCAUGAAGAGGAGAAUCUUAAUGUGGUUCAAGAUCAAUCUCCAAGACAACAACUUCAUGAAGAUCAAAAGCCGCGACUAGUUAGAAUUGAUUCUGAAUGUGUCUCAUCUAUCAUCAACAACGAUCAUAAAAGCGAGGCGGACAAGAAUUAUCUUCAUCAACAUCAAUUAGCCGCGGACGCGUUUGGAUCGGUUGAUAUUGAUUUUUCUUCUUACGAUACACAUCAUUCAUCUGAUCAUAUGGUUACUGGUUAUGCUAGUGGGGAGAGUUUCCAUCACGGUGGUGGUAACGGCGGUGGAGUUUCGUUGACGUUAGGGUUACAACAACAUGGUGGGAAUGGAGUGAGUUUGGCUUUUCCUUCAACUACAGAAAGUUCAAUGUUUUAUACAAGGGAACAAAUUGAAGAGCCUGUUCAGUAUUCUCUUUUGGAUGGUGAAGGAACAAAUAUCAUGCCGUAUAGGAAUCUAAUGGGGACACAAUUGCUACAUGACUUAGCAUGA